CGUUCUUCCGCCCUUGCCCACCGUAUUGCAAUCAGAAAACAAGUCAUAGCAGUCUGGUCGACGGCAUCUCCGAAGAUUUGUCGGUGUAAAUCACUGACAACACAUGGUGAUUUCACUAUCACUAUUUGCGUCCGAAAUGGAGCGUCAAGAGGGGGAUGAACAGAAUAUUGCAACUGAAAGACAUCUGGAGAACAAGAAUGUGUUGGACGUUCUGAGACAAUGCUACCUGUUCUUGUACAACCUGCUUCAGUUCCUGGGGUUCUCCUGGACCUUGAGCCGAUUGACUGCUGAUCUCAUAUUGCAGGGCCAAGGUGCAUUGAACAGUGCGUUUGGCUCAUGUGCUGCAGUGCUGUACAGCUGUCAGAUGCUGGCAGCACUGGAGGUGAUGAAUGCAACCCUGGGCCUUGUCAAGACUCCUGUCUUCCCCACUCUGAUACAGGUAGCGGGGAGAAACCUCAUUCUGUUUGUCGUGUUCGGCAGCCUGCCAGACAUGCAGGGACGAAGUGUCGUCUUCUGUGUCUUCUACCUCUGGAGUGCCAUGGACAUGUUCAGGUACCUUGCUCAUGCGGUGGUGAGCAUCGGGAUGGAGAGGAGGACCCUCACGUGGCUCCAGAAUGCCGUCUGGGUGCUGCUGUAUCCACUCACUGCUGUGGCAGAAGCUGCAGCUGUGCUCCAGUCCCUGCCUGUGUUUGACAAGAGCGGACUCUUCAGCAUCCCUCUCCCUGAGGCAGUGGGCUUCUCCAUCAGUUUCUCUUUCUCUCUUAGACUCUACCUGGUCCUCAUGCUUUUUGGUCUCUUGAUAAAUAUCAGGCACCUGGUAAGCCAAAGGCGAAGACAGUUCCAACUGAAACGUGACUAACGUCUGUGAAAACAAACGGAUUUGUUACUUUUAAAUCCUCAAUUUCACUUCAUGAUGGUUACACAGUGGUGAUAUGUAAUUGCAGAACUGCUGGGAGGAUGUUUGUUGUGUUUCCAUAACUGAUCAUUUUCAGUGACAGCAAGGUGAAUUUCUAUUGUCAUAAACCAGACAAUAAAAGUAUAGCUGUUUAUGAAAUUAAAUCUGUAUUUUCCCCCAUUCAGCUGGGCAAUGACAAACACAAAUGUCAACAGAACAAGAAAUAGAUAGCAAGCUAAGUAUAUAUUUAAAGCUAUUUAAUGAUUGUUAGGAUUUUUUAUAGUCAGUGAGGAAAUGGUUUCUGUAAACCAUUGACUGCUUAAAAGUUCAACUCCUCUCACACCCUAUUCAUCAAAAUAUGAUGAGUGUUUACAAAUGCCAUGAGAAUACUAAUCCAUGGUAAGAAAAGGCUGUCAUGAAAGCUCAAACGUUUGGGUACAGAAUAUUUAUCUCUUACAAUAACAAUGCCAGUAUUUGUUAAUCUGCAAGCAUUUCUUAUUUAGACGUAUUUUCUUUAAUGAGGACCAAAAGUUUUGAGCUAGUUGCAGUGGUUGCUUAGCGGUUAAGGUACUUGACUUGUAAUCAGAAGGUUGCUGGUUCAAGCCCCAGCCCUGCCAAGUUGCUG